CAGACAGAUACAUUCUCAGUCGCAGUUUACAGUUAAUUCGUACAUCAGCUGUACCAACUGCGAAAGGUGUGACUAAAGUUAUGUUAGUACUUUUAAUAUUUAUACUAUUUCAGAUAUUUCAAAAUAUUCUGUGGGUACAAGACUGACUGACAGUGCAUAAAGCAGCAAGAAUGGCAGUAUGCAUAUUUUUUUGAUGAAAGCCCUAUUUUAGUGGUAUUCAAUUUUACCAGGGAUUUAAAAUCUUGUCUUGCUAUGUAUCAUAGCACGUAUCCUGCUUCAUGGUUCAUCAGCAAUCAAUUAAAAACUCCACUUCUUUUCACAUAUGGCGACUUUCCUUUCUUCACAAUUGAUCAUCUGACAGCUUUCAUGCCAUCUGCACAACAGCCAUUGUACACCACACAACCUUUUACACUUGAUUUGCCUCACAUGAAAAGAAUUCCUGUUAAUAUAUUGAUGCAAGGUAUGGAGUCUAUGAACAGUUGCAUGCCUUUCACCAGGAGAAGAAAUGUAAAUCAAACAUCUUUGGGCAGACAGUUUUCCAAAGAAAGUUUGAUUGAAUCUGCAUAUGCAGACAGUGGUGUAUCCAGUUCUCGUUCCUCAACACCUUCUUCUAUAGAGACAUCUGGAAGCUGUGAACCAAAAAAUGCAUCUCCUGUGUGUAAAAGCUUGCCACGCAUGGAUUCAUUCCUGUCACGAAGAAACUCUGAGCAUGGUAACAGUUCCCGUAAUCAGAACUUCAAUCACAGGCAUUAUAAUCAUCGGCAUGGACUGAACAAUCGCAAAAAUGCUGCAAUGAGCAUUCCUUUCAAAAGGUUUCCACAGAUUCCUAGAGAUGAGUGGCAUAAUGUAUCUUCAGGAAUAUGGGAUCACUACUUAAAAACAAGGCAGAGAGAUGAUAUGUACUUUAAAAAAAUGCAUCUUCGAACUGCCGUUCAUUCUGUUUUAAACCGCAUCUUUCCUAGUUGUGACCUAAGGGUUGUUGGUUCUUCUGUAAAUGGUCUUGGAACUAAUAACAGUGAUGUUGAUAUGUGUCUUAUUCUUUCAAGUAUGGAGAUAGAUCAACAAACUGAAGCAAUGAAUCUUCUGAAAUCUGCCCAAAGGCUGUUAAAUCAAUGCUCCUUUGUAAAAAGUACAGAUCUAAUUACUGCCAAAGUUCCAAUUUUGAAGUUCAUUGAGAAAUACAACAAUAUUCAAGUAGAUUUGAAUAUAAAUAACACAGUGGGAAUUGCAAACACUCAGCUUCUUGGAGCUUACAGCCAGUUGGAUUGGAGAGUUCCGCCUUUGGUGCUUGUUAUAAAGAAAUGGGCUCAAGUUUGCAAAAUAAACAAUGCUAAAGAGAUGACACUUUCCAGUUAUUCUCUUGUAUUGAUGGUUAUUCAUUAUUUGCAAUGUGGAUGUGAGCCUCCAGUAUUGCCAUGUUUGCAGAAAAUGCAUCCUAGGCGGUAUGAAUCUGGAGAUUACUGGAAAUGGGUGGUUCCAUCUAGAGGUGACAUUAGCUUCCAUUCAAAAAAUACACAGUCAUUAGGCAGUCUACUGUAUGGUUUCUUCGAUUAUUAUACGAAUGUAUUUGACUUUUCGAAAGAUGUCAUUUCUGUCCGUUUGGGCUGUAAGCUGCCGAAACAAGUCGCGAUGAAUUUUAAAUCUGCUAAGAAUAAAAGAGGCCAUUGGAAGUUCAUUUGUAUUGAAGAGCCAUUCAAUAGGACCAAUACUGCUUGUGCUGUGUAUGAUCAAGAUUCGUUUAACAGAAUCAUGAGUGCUUUCAAAAAUACUUGGUUGCAUUUAAGUGAUAAGAAAGACCUAUCAGCUGUCCUGAUUUUGUAGACCUAUGUACAGAUGAAUUAUAGCAUUUAAGUUUUUAUUUCUUCUCUUCAGAAAAAUACCAAGCAUUGAACUGCUUCAUAUAUUGAGUUUUCCUCUAUUUUUUCAAGUGUUUUGUUCUGAAGUACUUUAAUAAUGAAAGUUAUAUUUAUGUAUCUUGUAAAUUAUUCAGCAUGUAUAUUAAGAGUGCAAGUAAUUUAUUUUAUGAAAGAUUGAGAAGUGGUAUUAAUGUUGAAAUUAAAUGUUGAAAUUAAUUCAAAAAUGUUUAUCAGCUUAAUACCAAAUGAAUGAAAAUAAUUUUUUACAGCCCACUUGGAUAUUUUUAAUCUCAUGAGUUGUACAUGAGUAUAAACAAAUCAAAAUAUUCUAUGCAUUCAUGCUUCCUGACUUGUAUAUAUCUUGUGAUCAGUGAUAAAAAUGUAUAACUUUAUACUGUUUGUAUAUUUUAUUGUAAGUAGUUUAGCAAUAAAGAAAUAUGAUUUAAUAAAUAGAUUGUCCAUAUCCAAA